AAUGGUGAAGGCUGGAGUUAAAUUUACAGAGCACACGAAGUAGUACUGAGAGGAAACAGAAGAAAACCCGAAACCCAGAUCGGAAGGGAUCGAAUGGCUUUGUGGCGAGCUCGUGCGGUUUCGUCGGCGCUGUUCAAUAGGCUCCUCAGCCGCUCCAGCGCCACCGACACCGCCGCCGCCCACCGCAGUUUUUCCACAGGGGGUACAAAUAGUCAGUUUUUUACUUAUGACAUUAAUUCACAAUACGGAAGUUGCAUGCCGCUUGCUGCUAUGCACAUUCAAGCCAAAAUACACAACAUUGAGUUAAACCCUGGUCAAGGUGGCAAGUUAGUUCGGGCUCCGGGAACUUGUGCAAAGAUUUUGAAAGAACCCACGUCGAAAGGUUGUCUUGUGAGACUGCCUUCUGGUGUUGAAAAGUGGAUUGAUUCCAAGUGCCGGGCCGUUAUCGGUGAGGUCCCAAGUCAAGGCAAAAAGCCUAAGAAGCUCUAUAAAGCUGGGCAAAGCCGGUGGUUAGGCAUCAGACCAACAGUGCGAGGAGUGGCAAUGAAUCCAUGUGAUCAUCCCCAUGGUGGAGGGGAGGGCAAGAGCAAGAGUAGUGGUUCUCAUGGAAAAUGUUCUCGAACACCUUGGGGCAAGCCUUGUAAGGGUGGAUACAAGACUGGACCCAACAAGCGUAAGAAGUAAUGUUCAUCAUUUUCUUUGUUUUGACACUACUUUUUGAUUGAGCUUUUUGAUGAAUUCAGAUAUCAAAAAUGUCUGUUCUUAGAUAUUUAACUCAUGAUAAACUUUCAAGGUUUUCAUACCUUUUUCUUGAAGUUGGUUUGUAGAUCAAUCUGUAUUGGCUUAAGUUUUAGAAAUAAAGGAUGUUCGAUGAUGGUAGCUCA